AUGGGCUUCCUCCUCGGUCCAUCCCCGAACCUGCAAACAACCCGCAUCGACUUCGCGCAAACGCCUCUGACCGAAUACGCUGGCCUCUACGCAGUCGUUAUCGACAACGUCCUCACCCCGACCGAAUGCGCCGCCCUCAUCGCCGGCGCCGAAGCCAGUAGCAACGGCCAAUGGGAGCGUGCGCUCGUCAACGUUGGUGGCGGACGACAGGAACGCAUCGACUACAUCCGCAGCUGCUCGAGGAUCAUCUGGGACCAGGCGGAAGUCGCGGAGAGGAUAUGGAAGAGAGUGGAGGAUGUGCCGCAAGUGAAGGAGAUUUUGAGACUGGAAAAUUGUCCAAAGAUUUUUGGGAAUGGACCAGUGAAGCGCGGAGAGGUGUGGCGCUUUUCGCGACCCAAUGAGAGGAUGAGGGUGUUGAAGUAUGUGGGUGGGGAGUACUUCAAGAGACAUACAGAUGGCAGCUAUGCCACGCCUGAUGGGUCUGAGAGGAGCUACUUUACGCUGCAUCUGUACCUGAACAGCGGCGGUGUGCCGGGAGAAGAAGAAGUGCCGGAGAUUGCGCCCUUUGAGUUCGCUGCAGGAUCGGGGGCCACCGCUCCGGCGCAACUCGACGGCAGCGCACUUGUGGGAGGCGCAACGAGCUUCCACUCGCUUUCAUUUGAGGACAAGAUGGAUGUUCAUGUGAGGCCGCGCACUGGUCGUGUGCUCAUCUUUCAGCAUCGCAGUUUGCUGCAUUCGGGCCAGGACGUCGAGAAGGGCGAAAAGUACACAAUGAGAACGGAUCUCAUGUACGCGUUGGAGAGCACAAAGUCGAAGACUCGGAGCCACAUGGCUGGUCUGGACGAUUGA